AUGGCCUCACCCAUUGAAAAAGCCACACUUAGAUGUUGGACUUGUGGGUUAAAAUACACACGAACGCAGGAAACAUGCAACCACUGCCACGGAUGGACGGUUAAUACCCAUGAGUGUCAUAAUGGCGAAACGAGGAUUCUUAGCUGGAACAUUUUUCAAGUUACAAAAACCGAUUCACGAGAAGAUAAGGCCCCUAAACUCUGA